AUGGGAAUCACACGCCAUAGAACAACCUGGGGAGUGGAUAAGGGAGGUCCCGGUCUCGAAAAUUGGAAAGCCUGGUUUCCAGAGCUCAAGAAGCACGGUUACAAUGGCGUUGAGAUAGAUAUCCAUCAGCUGGACCCUGUUGCCGAGUUUCCGCGCCUGAGAGAACUGCUAGACCAGGUUGGUUUGGAGAUGAGUGUUCUAGCCCAUAGUUCUUGGGUUGGAUACGUCGGUCCUAGACCUGUUGGUCUAGAUGCCCAACACCAUCUCCAAAACUACCGCGAUGUUCUCCAAUCAACAGCGGUGCUACGACCGGUUGCCAUCAACUUCCAAUCGGGACAGGACACAUGGACCGUCGAAGAGUCGGUCAAAUUCUACCAAGGCACCCUGCAAGUCGACAAGGAGCUCGGUCUGACUGGCCAUGUCUUUCACGAGACCCACCGCAAUCGAUCGCUUUCCACACCAUACCACUCGCUACAAAUUCUCCAAGCUGUUCCUGAGUUAAAAAUCACCGCCGACUUCUCCCACUGGAUGGUUUGCUGCGAGCGUAUUCUGGACAUCAGCGAUGAGGACCGCACACUGUUGGAUGAGGUUAUCCCACGCGUUGGUCAUCUCCACGCAAGAAUCGGAACAACACAGGCAUCACAAUGCCCGGAGCCCCUCAACCCUAUCUUCGAACAAGAGAGAUUGUGUAUGGAAAGGUUGUGGACCAAGAUCAUCGAAAGCUACCUUGAAAGGAACGGGCCCAAUGCGAGCCUUGUCUUCGUACCGGAAUACGGUCCCUUCCCUUACCACCCAUACGGAAGUGCCAAGGCGUAUGGAACUGUAGCAGACGAAGAAGGGGUACGCCUCGAAGCUCUUUUCAAGCAGGUCAUUGCGAGAAAGUCUGGUGCUUGA